AUGAAUUCGUCGUCUAUGCGUUUGUUUUCUUCCGAGCUCACAUGUCCUGCGACUGAGUCCGUGCAAUACGCGAAUAUGAACUUUCUUCUGUCCAGACCAUCGUUAAGGGUUUCUUGUUUCAUUAAGAAAGGUGGUGAUGCGGGAGUAUCUAAUCGCAAUGGAAGGAACGCGCACUCUGUGGUUUCUUGCCAGUUGAUUCAUAGCCACAAAGAGGAGUCGUAUGAAAGAAAGAGAAGUCUGCAGGUGCCUCUACAGAAGGAAGACUUUGUGAGGACAUUGUUGAUUGACAACUAUGACAGUUACACUUACAAUAUAUACCAGGAACUAUCUGUUAUUAAUGGUGUCCCUCCUGUGGUGAUCCAAAAUGAUGAUUUGACGUGGGAAGAACUUUGCCAUUACUUGUAUGAAGAAAAUUCUUUCGAUAACAUUGUAAUAUCACCCGGACCUGGUUCUCCAGCACGCCCCGAAGAUAUAGGCAUUUGUCUUCAGGUGUUGCUUAAAUGCUGGGAUAUUCCUAUUCUGGGUGUUUGCCUAGGGCACCAGGCACUAGGUUAUGUCCAUGGAGCUCAAAUUGUCCAUGCAUCUGAACCAAUCCAUGGUCGUUUGAGUGAAGUUGAGCACAAUGGGAGCCAGCUUUUUUUUGAUAUACCUUCUGGUUAUGGUUUCAAGGUGGUUAGAUAUCAUUCACUGGUUAUAGAUUCUGAAUCACUUCCUCAAGAGCUCAUUCCAAUUGCAUGGACCUCUUCCACUAGCACACUUCCAUUUAUUGGGUCCAAAGAUUUUGGCAAGUCCAACAUUCAUGAAGCUCAUACAGAUCCAGGCAUUUUCGUCGACCCCUUUUUACCUAAAGUAGGAUAUGGAAGUUCAAACCAUUUUGAUUAUGGGAAUACUAGAAGUACAAGAGUUCUUAUGGGAAUCCGGCAUUCUACAAGACCACACUAUGGUGUGCAGUUUCAUCCAGAAAGUGUUGCAACCUUCUACGGAAGUCAGAUAUUCAAGAAUUUUAGGGAUAUUACAGACGAUUAUUGGCUAAGGUUGAGGUCAUCUUUCAAGGAAAAACGUGCUUAUUCUGACGUUGUCAAGCGCAAUAGACUCUACAGAGAGGUUUGCAGAAGUGUUAGUGCAGAGAACGAUGCAGUGGAUCAAUUAAAAAAAAUAGCUCAUGCAGAGAGACAUUUGGAAUAUAAUAAAACUGAGAUGAAGCAUUUAGAAAUGUUCAACAUGGUAAAUACUCAUCAUGCAACGACUGGUUAUAAAUGUUUGAAGUUGAAAUGGAGGAAAUUUGGAGGCUUGGCUGAUCAAGUUGGUGGAGCAGAAAGUAUAUUUUGUGGGUUGUUUGGACAUGAAGCUGAAAACACCUUUUGGUUGGAUAGUUCCUCCACAGAGAAGGGACGAGCACGCUUUUCAUUUAUGGGAGGAAAAGGCAGAUCGCUUUGGAAGCAGUUAACAUUUAGAUUGUCUCAUCAAAGUGAUGGGAGUUCAAAAGGCGGUGGUUAUUUGUCAAUGGAAGAUUCUCAAGGUUCCGCCGAAACGACAUUUUUGGAAGAAGGUUUUCUUGAUUUUCUGAACAAGGAGCUUCUAUCAUAUCGUUAUGAUAAAAAUGAAUAUGAAGGUCUACCAUUUGACUUUCACGGUGGAUAUGUUGGUUACAUUGGGUAUGACCUCAAAGUAGAAUGUGGUGUCAAAUCUAACCGUCACAAAUCUAAAGCUCCAGAUGCAUGUUUUUUCUUUGCUGAUAAUCUUGUAGUUAUUGACCACAAAAAUGAUGAUGUUUACAUAUUGGCUAUACACGAAGAAAGCUCAAGCGUUACACAGUGGUUGGACGACACAGAAGAAAAACUUCUUAGCUUAGAUGGCUCUGGGAAAAUGGCUUUGGGAAAACAGAACUCUCAUUCUUUAACUCUAUACUCAAGUAAGGCUGGUUUUGCUGCUGAAAAAUCUAGAGAGCAGUACAUUGAGGAUGUUAAUAAGUGUCUAAAUUACAUUAAAGAUGGAGAAAGCUAUGAGUUAUGCCUUACAACUCAGAUGAAGAAACCUAUUAAGGAAUUGAAUUCUCUUGGGCUGUAUCUGCAUUUGAGAGAAAGGAACCCAGCACCUUAUGCUGCUUGGCUUAAUUUUUCAAAAGAAGAUCUGUGUAUUUGCUGUUCUUCUCCCGAGAGGUUCCUGCAGUUGGAUGGGAAGAAUACUCUAGAAGCUAAGCCCAUCAAGGGUACAGUAGCUCGUGGUGCUACCAAAGAGGAAGAUGAGCAACUCAAAUUAAAAUUACAGUUCAGUGAAAAGGAACAGGCUGAAAACCUGAUGAUUGUUGACCUUUUAAGGAAUGACCUUGGUCGUGUCUGUGAUCCUGGGUCUGUUCAUGUGCCGCGUCUCAUGGAAGUGGAAUCAUAUGCAACUGUUCACACAAUGGUGAGUACAAUUCGUGGGAAGAAGCGGUCAGAUGUCAGUGCUGUAGACUGUGUCAAAGCUGCAUUUCCGGGUGGUUCAAUGACAGGUGCGCCUAAGAUGAGAUCAAUGGAGCUUCUUGAUUCUAUUGAAAACAGUUCACGAGGUGUCUACUCAGGCUGUAUUGGAUUUUUCUCGUAUAAUCAGACAUUUGAUCUAAAUAUUGUCAUAAGAACAGUCAUUAUACAUGAGAGUGAAGCUUCAAUAGGAGCUGGAGGAGCAAUUGUUGCUCUGUCAAACCCUGAAGACGAGUAUGAAGAGAUGGUCUUGAAAACAAAAGCCCCAUCCAGGGCUGUGAUGUAUUUUGAUUAG